AUGCGGCUCCAGACACCUUUUGAUGAUGUUGCCUUUGAGGCAAGUGAGCGAACGGAAGAAGAGUGGCGGAAGCUCAUGGUUCAAGAGUCCACUCUCAUGGCCAUCGGCCGUUUCAUCGUGAAGCAUCGCGGUGGCGGUACUCCUACCCUCUUGUCCAUACUGAAGGCCGGUUCGUUCAAUGCCCAAUUUCGUAUGGAAUUUCAGGACGGUGGCUCAGCCGUGAUUCGAUUCCCGAAAGCUGGAACGACAAUGUUUCCUGAAGAGAAGAUACAGAAUGAGGUCGCCACGAUGAAGCUAAUCCAGGAAAAAACAACUAUACCGGUCCCUUUCAUCCUCCAUUGGGGAUCAAGAGAAGAGAGUCCCCUUCAGCUUGGGCCAUUUAUCAUCAUGGAAUACGUCAAGCAUCACACCGAUAUGGGGCAGGCACUUAACAUUCCAGGGCGAAGUCUCCAAGAUCCGCCAUACCUUGACCCUAAUAUCAACCCGGCCAAGCUUGAAAAGCUAUAUCGACAGGUGGCGGACAUUUUACUCCAGCUGUCUAGGCUGCAAUUCCCAGCAAUAGGCGCUUUCGAAGAGACUGACGACUGUACAUGGGAGGUUACCCAACGGCCCCUAUCAAUGUUUAUGAAUGAACUCAUACGGCUUGGAUCCUUCCCGCGAGCGAAAUUACCCGAGUCUACAUUCCAAGCCUCGCCAGACUACUUUGAAAGACUUGCGCAGUUACAUCUUGACCAUUUAACCUAUCAGCGAAACGAUGCGGUUGAGUCGGAGGAAGAUGGUAAGCGCAAGUUUAUCGCCAGGCAUCUUUUCUAUAACCUUGCACGGGAGAAGACGCUUUCGUCAGCAAUGCAUAGCUCUGGACCUUUUAGGCUAUGGUGUGAUGAUUUACGGCCUUCGAAUAUCCUUCUUGAUGAGGAUCUACAAAUCGUCGCCGUCGUGGAUCUGGAGUUCUCCUAUGCCGCGCCAGUCGAGUUUUCUUUCGCUCCACCGUGGUGGCUGAUUCUUGAACAGCCUGAAUACUGGCCAUAUGGGCUAGAUGAUUGGGAAAAAAUAUUUCAACGCCGCCUGCCCACGUUUUUGAAAGCCAUGGCGGCGAGCGAAGACGCGGCUAUUGCGUCUGGCAUGCUGUGUGAGGACCAGCGCCUUUCCCAGCAUAUGCGUGAAAGCUGGGAUAAUGGCGACUUCUGGGUCAUGUAUGCGGCGCGAAAGAACUUCGCCUUUGAUGAUAUAUUUUGGCGAAGACUGUAUCCGCGCUUUUUUGGACCCGGGGUACCUGAGGAUGCGUGGAAAGAGAGACUAGAGAUGCUCGACGUGGGUGAUUUGGAAAAGAUGGAAACUCUUGUUGCCAGAAAGAUGAAGGAGAGGGAAACAAGGGAAUUGGUGUGGGAACCGGAUGAGCCGCCUGGUCAGCGAGCGUGA